AUGUCGGCCAGACUUGCUCGUCCUGUCGAAUACAUCUUGAGACAUCACUUCCUCAGUGUGCGGCAGAGUGCCAGAAGUGAGCAUUUGCCAGGAGCUUUUGAGAAGGGGUGGUUCGCAUCCCGUCAUGUGCAUACCUCAAGCACAAAAGACGGGCCUGGUUUGCCAGCACACUUGGUGUACAGGCCUGAGGAAAUUGAGGAUUCUGCCACCCUGCUUCUGGUAGCUCGCAGUGCUGCACAAGACAAUCAUGUUGAUGGACAGUUCUGGAGCGCAUGCAGCCGGAAGGCGCAGGGGCUCUUGGGGAGUGCGGUGAAGUUGCGAGACCUGGCUUUGUUCCUUGACGCGGCAGUGUCUGUUCGUCACCAAAACGAUGAGCUCAUGUAUAACUUGGGUGACAUGGCUGUGCUCGCAGCGCAAAAUGACAAUUUGGAUGGAGAAAGCCUUGCGUUUGUGCUGCGUGCACAUGCCCGACUUCCGCUCAGAAAUGAUCGUAUUCUGAGAUCACUGGAGACAGCCCUCUUCGAGCUUUUGAAGCAGUCACGUGCCACUGCUGAGUGUCUUUCCAGUUCUCUUCUGUCCCUGGGAGAGAUGCACAGAGCGGGACUUCUGCCGCCUCUGCCACCAGACAGCUCGUGUCGAAGUGAAUUGGUGGAUGGAGCGGCAAGGGUGGCAUUGGAGCACCUGUCUUUCUUUACUGUUCCGCAGAUGUGUGCCCUGUUGCGGGCAUUUACUUGUUUCAAAAUGAGAGGUGACCGUCAGGUUUCAGCCUUGUUGCUUGGCAUCAGCAAUGCGCUUGCUAGGCAACCUACCGCGUUGAGUGCCAGUGACUGCGCAUGUGCUGCAAAGGCCUUUGCAGUCGUACGGGUUCAUGACGAACGGAUUUUGGCUACGUUAAGCAGCAGACUUCGAGACAAGGACGUGCGAGACGGCCUUUCACCACACGAACUUUCAGAUGUUCUGUACGGCUUUGCUAAAUUUACGAGCCAAGAUACGGCUUUGCUAGAUUUACUCUCCGUGCAGGUUAGGCGACAUUUGCAUGUGUUGGAUGUGUCCACGAUGAGUUCAACAUUGGCAUCCCUGGCCAAAGCCGGCAUAAGCUGUCCGGUUUUGUCUGGCCGGGCCGUGCAGAUGCUCCGCCGGUCUGUGAAUUCAGAAGUUUCGGAGCCAGGCAGGCACCAGUGCGAUUUGACCAAAGCGACGGUGGAUGAACUCUCAACGCUGACCAUGGCAUUUGGCAAGUUCCAGGUGAGGGAUUCCAGAUUGUACGAGACACUGGCAGACAUGUUUGUGACAUGCACAGGUGGGACGAGCUCUGCGAAUGCCAUUGCAACCUUAACUUCCCCUGGCCUCGUCAAUGUCAUCCAUGCCUUCACGAAAGUCCACAUUGCCCCUGCGAGGCUCUUUAGCGUGGUCCUGGGUGCAUUGGUUGACAGACCCGCUGAUGAGUUUGCCCCACGUGAUGCCGUCAAGAUCCUGCAUGCUUUGGCCAAAGUUGACUAUGAUAUGCCGCCCAGCGUUCAGCAGAAGAUUUUGUCUGUCCUGGGGCCAGACUGCUUGGGUGAGCUUGGAGUUUUCGACUUGCUGAAGCUUGCCACCGCUUCAAAAAAGCUGGGCUUGAACAUUCAUGCGCUGGAGGCACAGGUGGGUGCAGUAUUGCCCAACGAGCCGCAAUCCUUGACGAGGGAAUCUCUUCAGCGCCGUCCUACAAUAAAGAAGGUCCGUCGCAAAAGUGCGAGGAAACAGAAGUGGACUUGGUAA